AUGUUGAGAGCCCUCCAGUGCACAUCAGCAAACUCAAGGGCAAUCUUGACCGCUCGUCGUGCUGUCAAUCGCCCUGUUUUAGCCACAACCUCUCGUCUUUUGGCCACCAGCACCGACACUUUCUCUUCCACCAACAAUGCUGCUUACAUCGAUGAAAUGUACUCCUCUUGGAAACAAGACCCAUCCUCCGUCCACGUCUCAUGGCAAGCAUACUUUAGAAACUUAGACAACGGCGCCAUCCCUGCCAGCCAGGCCUUCACCGCCCCUCCAUCUAUCGUUUCUAACGGAAUUGAUCAAGGUAUCCCAACCAUGACCGCCGACGGUGCCAGCUCCACCAUCAACACCCACUUAAAGGUCCAAUUGUUGGUCAGAGCUUACCAAGUCAGAGGUCACAGAAUGUCCAAGUUGGAUCCUUUGGGUAUCAGUUUUGGUGACGACGCCUCUAAGCCAGCUCCAAAAGAAUUGACCCCAGAAUACUAUGGUUUCACCGAAGCUGACUUGGAACAAACCAUCACCCUCGGCCCAGGUAUCCUCAAUAACUUUGUCCAAAAUCACGGUAUCAAAUCCCUCAAGCUCAAGGAAAUCAUUGCUCACUUGAAGGGCGUGUACGCCGGCCAUUUUGGUGUCGAAUACACCCACAUCCCAUCCAGAGAAAAAUGCAACUGGAUCAGAGAACACCUUGAAAACCCUACCGUCUUCAAAUACACCCCUGAAAAAAAGAAGCAAAUCUUGGAUAGAUUGAUCUGGGCUACCUCUUUUGAAACUUUCUUGUCCACCAAAUUCCCAAAUGACAAGAGAUUUGGUCUCGAAGGUGCCGAAUCCUUGAUUCCUGGUUUCAAGGCCAUCAUUGACCGUUCCGUCGAAUUGGGGGUCGAAGAUGUUAUCAUUGGUAUGGCUCACAGAGGUAGAUUGAACAUGUUGUCUAACGUGGUCCGUAAACCAAACGAAUCCAUCUUCUCCGAAUUCACCGGUUCUAAGGUCAAUGACGUUGGUUCAGGGGAUGUCAAGUACCAUUUGGGUAUGAACUACAAACGUCCAACCGUCAGUGGUAAACACGUCAACUUGUCCCUCGUGGCUAACCCAUCCCAUUUGGAAGCCGAAGACCCUGUUGUCUUGGGUCGUACUCGUGCUGUUCAACACCUCAAGAAUGACGUUGGCACUUUCGACAAAGCUUUGGGUAUUCUCGUCCAUGGUGAUGCCGCUUUUGCCGGUCAAGGUGUGGUUUACGAAACUACCGGUCUUUCUUCGUUGCCAGCUUACACCACCGGUGGUUCCAUCCACGUCAUUGUUAACAACCAAAUUGGUUUCACCACUGACCCACGUAACGCCAGAUCUACCACUUACCCAUCAGACAUUGCCAAGGCCAUCAACGCCCCAAUCUUCCAUGUCAAUGCUGAUGAUGUCGAAGCCGUCAUCUUUGUUUCCAACUUGGCUGCCGAAUGGCGUGCUAAAUGGCACUCCGAUGUUAUCAUUGACUUGAUUGGUUACAGAAAGCACGGUCACAACGAAACCGAUCAACCAAGUUUCACCCAACCAUUGAUGUACAAGAAGGUUGGUGAAAAACAAUCCGUCAUUGACAUCUACAUUGCUAAAUUGAUUGAAGAAGGUAGUUUGACUAAAGAAGAUAUCGCCGAACACAAGAAGUGGGUUUGGGAUCUUCUUGAAGAAUCUUUUGCUAAAUCAAAGGACUACAAGCCAACCACCAGAGAAUGGUUGACCACCCCAUGGGAAGGAUUCAAGUCACCAAAGGAAUUGGCCACCGAAGUCUUGCCACAUUUGCCAACUGCUUUGGAAGGUGACUUGCUUAAAGAUAUUGGUGUUAAAUCCUCUACUCCUCCAAAGGAAAACUUUGAAGUCCACCGUAACUUGAAGAGAAUUUUGAACAACAGAAUCAAGUCUCUUGACAAGGGUGAAGGUAUUGACUGGGCUACCGGUGAAGCUUUGGCCUUUGGUUCUCUUGUCAACGAAGGUUAUCACGUUAGAGUUUCUGGUCAAGAUGUUGAAAGAGGUACCUUCUCCCAACGUCAUGCGGUUUUGCACGACCAAAACUCCGAAGACACCUACACUCCAUUGAAGCACAUCAGCGAAAAGCAAGGUGAUUUCGUCAUCAACAACUCUUCUUUGUCCGAAUAUGGGGUUAUGGGUUUUGAAUACGGUUAUUCUUUGACCUCUCCAGACGCCCUUGUUAUGUGGGAAGCCCAAUUCGGUGAUUUUGCUAACACCGCCCAAGUCAUCAUUGAUCAAUUCAUUUACAGUGGUGAAACCAAAUGGAAGCAAAGAUCCGGUCUUGUCUUGUCCUUGCCUCACGGUUACGAUGGUCAAGGUCCAGAACACUCUUCUGCCAGAAUUGAACGUUACUUGCAAUUGGUCAACGACGACCCACGUCAUUUCCCAACUCCAGAGAAAUUGCAACGUCAACACCAAGACUGUAACGUUCAAGUUACCUACCCAACCACCCCAGCUAACUACUUCCACUUGUUGCGUCGUCAAAUGCACCGUCAAUUCCGUAAGCCAUUGACCGUGUUCUUCUCCAAGUCUUUGCUUAGACAUCCACUUGCCCGUUCUAACAUGGAAGAAUUCACUGGUGAAUCUCACUUCCAAUGGAUCAUUGACGAUGUUGAACUUGGUAAGUCCAUUAACGAAAAGGCUGGUAUCAAGCGUCUUGUUCUCUGUUCUGGUCAAGUCUACGUCAACCUUUUCAAGAAGCGUCAAACUUUGGAAGACAAGGAAACCGCUUUUGUCAAGAUUGAACAAUUGCACCCAUUCCCAUACGAACAAUUGCGUGACUUGUUUGACAGUUAUCCAAACCUUCAAGAUCUUGUCUGGUGUCAAGAAGAAGCUUUCAACUAUGGUCCAUGGAGUUUUGUUCAACCACGUUUGCAAACCACUUUGAAGGAAACCAAACAAUACGCUGACAAGGAAAUCAGAUACGCUGGUAGAGACCCAAGUGCCUCUAUUGCCACUGGUAUCAAGGCCACCCACAUUGCUGAAGAAGAACAAUUCUUGAGCGAUGUUUUUGGUAAAUAA